AUGGAACAUAUAAAGUAUAGUAAUAGUAUAGAAGUGAUUGAUAACAGUUUAAAAUGUACUCUAGAUAAUAAUAAUCGUAUAAAUUUACAAACAUUAACUGAAGAAUUUCAAACAUCUUCAUUUUGUCAAACAUCACAAAUAUGUCAUAAGAAUUCACAACCUCUUUGUGUUGCAGUACUUCCUCCGCCUGUACAAUUUACUCGUGCUGCUGUACGACGUAUAGCACGUGCAAUUUUACGAAAGUUACACGGACAAAAUAAACUGCCUUUUUCACCGUCAAUUACUUCAAUAUCGACCAGUUCAAGACAAGUGAUAACAACAAUGAAUCGAAAUAAUGAUGAUAAUCAUAUUGAAUCAUGUACAAAUUUCAAUAGUACACCUUAUACAGAUAAUUCUAAAAAUAUACAAUAUGAUAAAAUGAAUCAAGUAUAUCGUUAUGAAUUAUUUCAUGGUUCUAUGGCAACAAGUAUCUAUCGAAGAAAACGAAGUUUAAUUGCAUCAUCUUUAUAUAGUGAAUUAGCAUCUAGUGUUAAGGAUACUGAAACAUCAAAUGAACAACAACAUCAUUUAUCAGUUGGAGUGAAUUGUUCUAUCUCAUCACAAGAAUCUCAUAGUCGAUUGAAACCACCAACAUCUGAUUCACCGUCUGCAUUAACUUCGUUAAUCAGUUUGGAUUCGUAUACAGGCCAUCUGAUAGCACGUGAAUUGAAUAGUUUACUUCUAGACAAAGAUACUAAACUAGCUAUUAUGAAUGAUAUUCAACGUGAAUUAAGUCGUCCAAAAUAUCGUCCAGACUUUUUCUACGCUGGUAAUAAGCAUAAAUUACCAUUGUGUCAUGUGCCUGAAUAUACAACCUUUAAACAAUUUCCAUGUGAUGUAAAUUAUACUACAAAAGAGUUGAAAUUCAAUCAAACUCAUUUAUUCAACUCUAAUUCUAAAAAGUCUCCAACAAAUGUAUUGCAAAAAGGAUUAUCUAUUGAAGGUGUUAUAGGUCUAUCUAUGAAUAAAUCAGUUACAUUAUUAGAUCCACAGAAAACCGCACUAAUCAAUGCAUAUCAUCAUCAUUAUCAUCACCAACAACAGAAGAAAGGGAUAUCUGAUAUAAAGAAUUUAAUGAAUUCUCCAAAAACGAAUGAACUUUUCGCAUAUCUUACAGAUAUGUUAGACAGUCGAAUUCUACAAAGUUUCACAUUUAUUAUUCUUUCAAUUGCUUGUUUUAUUAAUAUGUUUGUUCUUUUAGUUCCAUUUCAUUAUCUUCCCCUUCUACUCGACUAUGGAGGUCUUGAAUGCCAUUUCAAUUCAUUAUGGUGUCCAAAUGGAUUAAUGGAUAUUGAUAAUAAUAAUAAUAUUGAUAAUAAUAAAAAGGUGAAUCGUACACAUGAUCAAGAUGUAUUGAUGACAAGUUACAAUAAUGAAUUAAGCGUUUCAGCUGUUAAUUUUGUCGGGAAGAAUUAUGCAUUCGCCAGUUCAGAAUUACUACUACUUACUAUUGGCUGUGCUAGUCUACUGGGUCGCUUAUUCGCAGGAUUGCUCGUAUCUGGUGGAAACACCAUGCAUGGGAGAGGUCAUCAUUCACUAAGUGAAGUCAUCUGGAAACACCGGCUUCGAUGGCUUGGACAUGUGUUAUGCACGUCAUUGUAAUGACCUCCACACUGUUUAUUGUUCGCUAACCCUGGAACUGGAUGGAGGAAGCGGAGUGAUGGUCAGUGUAUGACGUGGCACCGUG